AUGCAGAACAGGAGUGAGAAGUUUGGAGCUCAGCUGCCUCCCUUUGUUCCAGCCAGCAGCUCUCAGCGAGGUGUGUUCAGUAAGAGCACCACCUACCUGGCUAAGAUCGCUGUCGUCCUCCAAAAAGCUCCAGGCAAGAUGCUCAAUUUUAUUCAGAUUCCAGUGGUCCCAGAUUCUCCGCACAGUAAGAGAAACUACUGGAAACUGGAUCCCAGUCAGAUCACAGCAAAGAUGGUGCGUCGUCACUUCAAAGGAAUCCUGCAGCUCUUCCCUGAGUUGGCCUCCAAAGUGGAAACGGAGAACGUGAGCAGACCAUCCGAGCCCUGCUCAGCUCUCCACUCUGCUGAACCUGCAGCCUGCACAGCUGUUCAGAUCAGCUGUGAGGUGAAGUUCAGCAGUCCUUUCUCCAUUGAAUCCCUCCUGAAGAGAGACAGUCCUGCUGCUCGGGCCCCCAGAGCGUCUCCUCUGUCCAGUGUGCGGGUCAGAGUGGAGCAGCAGCCUCGGUCCACACACAGACGAGUUGGGACAAAGAGGAGCUUCAGCUGGGACUCUGAGGAGCCUCUCCUCCUUCAAGCUUCAGCUGGAAGUUCCCCCAUCUGCCCAACAGGGGGCGGCACACACCAUAGACUCACUGCUAAUGCAGCUGCUCAGCCCAUCAGGAUGGAUGUGUGCUCUGAUCCCUCAUUCCCUGUCUACACAAGAGCCAGUGCUGCUCCUUAUUUCACCAGCCCACACAGCAGUUACAUCACUUACCCUGUACCCGCAUUUACCCAUGAUGCUCUCCGUUUCUGGUUGUAA